UGUGUAUGUGUGUAUGUGUGUGCACGCAGGCGUGUGCAUAGUGGACUCGUAAGUGUUCGCUGGAUGGCCCCGACUGUGGUAGGAAACCAGCCCUCUUCUGGAACUCACCUCCUGUCCAGUCUCCAUGCUGCUUUCCCAGCACAGCUACCUCCCUGCUCACUGAUUGCAGGAGCUCUGUCCCCUGGACCCACUUCCUUCUCCUUACACCCUAUACUGGCCCUGAAGCUACCUGCCCAAGACUCAUGGCAAGGACAGAUGGAGGACUGAGAUCAGGUGCUACAUAUAUUAGGUGGGACUAUACUCCCAGCCUGUCCUUCCUGUUGCUCGUUGAUGGUUAAGGUACCCCAUCCCUGCUCUGGGCUUCAGCCAGGCCCCAAUAGGCGGGAAUUGUCUGUACUCGUUCGUGGUUGUCAUUUGUCCCAUGGCUGUGACUUAGGCCUCCACGACUGCUCUUUGGAGGUAUCACUUUCAACUGACGGGAGGCUUCCCGCCAUUCCUCAGGUGUAGGAGAGGUGUGAGCAGGGAAGCUGACUCCAGUGGCCUGGGAAGGAGGAAAGAGAGAACAGGGAGUAGGUAAAGGGAGAGGGCCUCUGGAGAGCUUGCAUGGCCUGGUACACACCCAGGGUGGCGACCAAGGCCCCUGCCUCCCUGCAGGAGGCAGUAUGGGUCAUCUCAAGCUUAGGAUUAUGAGCCUGAGGCUUCAAGCCUUGGAGUCUGGGGACAGUGUAGUGUACUGGGUCCCUAGGCAGGAAGGUUUAAGGAAUUUUCAGGCAUCACACCUUGGGCUAUCCAUACUCUGCUCUUAAGAAAGGUGAGACAGAGCCACUCAGUACCAGGAAGUUCUCAGAGAUGUAUACACAUGGCAUCCAGAAUUCAGAAGGCUUUUCUUUUCUUUUUUUGGUUUUUUUUUUUUUUUUUGAGACAGGGUUUCUCCAUGUAGUUUUGGUGCCUUUCCUGGAACUCACUCGGUAGACCAGGCUGGCCUCAAACUCACAGAGAUCCGCCUGGCUCUGCCUCCCGAGUGCUGGGAUUAAAGGUGUGCGCCACCACCGCCGGCAGAAGGCUUUUCUUUUAGCCUAAGCCUCUUACUGCAUCCCCCAAGUUAAGACAAGAGCACUCUUUCCUGGGGGUGGUGAGGGACAUGUCUUUCCAACUCUCUAAAGCCUGGUUUCCCAGUGUCUAAACCCAAAGUUGGGGCUGAGUGUAGGGAUUUCAUCAGGACUGAGAUCCCUUGCAGAGAGCCUGAGAAUUUUUUUUUUUUUCUUAAUUGCACUGUAUCCCAGGAGAGGAACCCAGCCUGGUCCAUGUUGGGGCAAAAGGAAGGCCAGAUGAGAGGGAACACUCCAGGGCCCUACAGUCUCCGUAGGCAGAGUCUGAUCCCCAGACUGCCUUUUGUUUUCAUUUCUGGCAGGGUAGAUGAGGACCCUUUAGACGCAAGUCUCUGUUGGUUCUAGUGCCUGGGCAGGUGAAGCCCGUCUCCCAAAAACUCCUGGGGUAGAAUUUGGGGAAUCCUAGCUGGGAACAGUAUCUGCUCUGACUAGCUGUAAGCCUGAGUUCCCUGAUCUUCCUGGUCCCUGCAAGCACUUUAAUGGAGGCCACAGUGUCCUCAUCCCUCGCACUGAAGUGUCCCUUGUUUGCUGGUAGGGCACAGGUGGGCUUCAGCUUAGUCCAGCUCCUGACACUCUGAGUCUGUAUGCCCAACAGCCCCUGGCAUGGAGACCUUCUUUAGGAGGCAUUUCCAACGGAAGGCACCAGGUCCUGGAGAAAGGCUGCAGCGGUCCAGUGGUGUGGGGCUGCCCACAGGCAAGGCUCGACGCCGCUCCCCUGCAGGGCAGGCCUCCUCCUCACUGGCCCAGAGGCGCCGCUCCAGUGCACAGCUCCAGGGCUGUUUCCCCAGAUGCAGGGUGGGCACCCAAGCCAGCCGCAGGCGGUCCAGCACUGCACCCCCUGCCUGCAAUCCUCGCUUUAUGGUGGAUAUGGUGCCCACCUUACAGCCUGCCACUGUUGGGGCCCAGCUUCUGGGUACACCCCUGCUGUUGGCUGGGCUCAUGGGCAUGAAGGAGGAGGAGGAAGGGGCCCAGGAGGGAGAUGAGACAGCCGGGGAAUCAAGUGAUGCCAAACCAGGUACCAGGACACCAAGGCCCUCCUCACACCAGGGCACCUGGCCAUUGCUUCCCAUGCCCCGCUGCCUACGCAGAGCCUCGUCCCACUUGCUCCCUGCUGACGUGGUGUAUGGCCAUACCCUCUGGGGCCUGCAUGGGCACUAUCGUCGCCUCAGCCAGCGGUGGCCCUCAGGCCAACACCCGGGUCUUGGGGGCCGAAGCCAAAGAGCCUCGGGCACUGCAGCAGGCCCCAUGAUACCUGCCCGUGUGCGUCCACUGUCUCGCAGACGCCAGGUAGCUCUAAGGCGGAAGUCAGCUGGACCCCAGCCCUGGAACACCCUGCUUAUGAAAGCCAUCUCCAAGUCAGGCCUCCAGCACCUGGCACCCCCUCCUCCCACGUCUGGGGCCCCGUGUGGUGAAUCUGAGCGGCAGAUCCGGAGCACUGUGGACUGGAGUGAGUCAGCAGCGUAUGGGGAGCACAUCUGGUUUGAGACCAACGUGUCCGGUGACUUCUGCUAUGUCGGGGAGCAGUACUGCGUAGCUAAGAUGCUGCAGAAGUCAGUGCCCAGAAGAAAGUGUGCAGCCUGUAAGAUUGUGGUGCACACCCCAUGCAUUGAGCAGCUGGAGAAGAUCAAUUUUCGCUGUAAGCCAUCCUUCCGUGAGUCAGGCUCCAGGAAUGUUCGUGAGCCAACCUUCGUAAGACACCACUGGGUGCACAGGCGACGUCAGGAUGGCAAGUGUCGGCACUGUGGGAAGGGCUUCCAGCAGAAGUUCACUUUCCACAGCAAGGAGAUCGUGGCCAUCAGUUGCUCCUGGUGCAAGCAGGCAUACCACAGCAAGGUGUCCUGCUUCAUGCUGCAGCAGAUUGAGGAACCCUGCUCCCUAGGGGUGCAUGCAGCUGUGGUCAUCCCACCCACCUGGAUCCUCCGGGCCCGGAGGCCCCAGAAUACCCUCAAGGCCAGCAAGAAGAAAAAGAGAGCGUCCUUCAAGAGGAGAUCCAGCAAGAAAGGACCUGAGGAAGGCCGAUGGAGACCCUUCAUCAUCAGGCCCACCCCAUCCCCCCUCAUGAAGCCCCUGCUGGUGUUUGUGAACCCCAAGAGUGGGGGCAACCAGGGCGCUAAGAUUAUCCAGUCUUUCCUGUGGUAUCUGAAUCCUCGACAAGUCUUUGACCUGAGCCAGGGGGGACCCAGGGAGGCGCUGGAAAUGUACCGCAAAGUGCAUAAUUUGAGGAUUCUGGCUUGCGGGGGUGACGGCACGGUUGGCUGGAUUCUGUCCACCCUGGACCAGCUGCGCUUAAAACCACCACCCCCUGUGGCCAUCCUGCCCCUGGGUACUGGCAAUGACCUGGCCCGUACUCUCAACUGGGGUGGGGGUUACACAGAUGAGCCUGUGUCAAAGAUCCUUUCCCAUGUAGAGGAGGGCAAUGUGGUACAGCUGGACCGCUGGGACCUGCGAGCAGAGCCCAACCCUGAGGCAGGACCUGAGGAGCGAGAUGAUGGAGCCACUGACCGGCUGCCCCUGGAUGUCUUCAACAACUACUUCAGUCUGGGCUUUGAUGCCCACGUCACCCUGGAGUUUCAUGAGUCUCGAGAAGCCAACCCAGAGAAGUUCAACAGCCGCUUUCGGAAUAAGAUGUUCUAUGCUGGGACGGCCUUCUCUGACUUCCUGAUGGGCAGCUCCAAGGACUUAGCCAAGCACAUCAGAGUAGUGUGUGAUGGAAUGGACCUAACCCCCAAGAUCCAGGACCUGAAACCCCAGUGCAUCGUUUUUCUGAACAUCCCCAGGUACUGUGCAGGCACCAUGCCCUGGGGCCACCCUGGGGAGCACCAUGACUUUGAGCCCCAGCGGCAUGAUGAUGGCUACCUCGAGGUCAUCGGCUUUACCAUGACAUCCUUGGCCGCACUGCAGGUGGGUGGGCACGGCGAGCGGCUGACCCAGUGCCGAGAAGUCCUGCUCACCACGGCCAAGGCCAUCCCUGUGCAGGUGGACGGUGAGCCCUGCAAGCUUGCAGCAUCGCGUAUUCGAAUUGCCCUGCGCAACCAGGCCACCAUGGUGCAGAAGGCCAAGCGCCGGAGUGCUGCUCCACUGCAUAGCGAUCAGCAGCCGGUUCCCGAGCAGCUGCGGAUCCAGGUGAGCAGGGUCAGCAUGCACGACUAUGAGGCUCUACAUUACGACAAGGAGCAGCUCAGGGAGGCCUCUGUGCCUCUGGGCACCGUGGUGGUCCCUGGAGACAGUGACCUAGAGCUCUGCCGUGCCCACAUCGAGAGACUCCAGCAGGAGCCCGAUGGUGCUGGAGCCAAGUCCCCAAUGUCCCACCAGCUGUCCUCCAAGUGGUGUUUCUUGGAUGCCACCACUGCCAGCCGUUUCUACAGGAUUGACAGGGCCCAGGAACACCUCAACUAUGUGACAGAGAUUGCCCAGGACGAGAUUUAUAUCCUAGACCCUGAGCUGCUGGGGGCAUCAGCCCGGCCUGACCUCCCCACCCCUACCUCCCCGCUCCCUGCCUCCCCCUGUUCCCCUAUACCCCGGUCACUGCAGGGGGAUGCCGCACCACCUCAAGGUGAAGAGCUGAUUGAAGCCGCCAAGAGGAAUGACUUCUGCAAGCUCCAGGAGCUACACCGAGCAGGAGGAGACCUCAUGCACCGGGACCAACAGAGCCGCACACUCUUGCACCACGCGGUCAGCACGGGCAGUAAGGAAGUGGUCCGCUAUCUGCUGGACCAUGCGCCCCCGGAGAUUCUCGAUGCGGUGGAGGAGAACGGGGAGACCUGUCUCCACCAGGCAGCCGCCCUGGGUCAGCGCACCAUCUGUCACUACAUCGUAGAAGCCGGGGCCUCCCUCAUGAAGACAGACCAGCAGGGCGACACUCCCCGGCAGCGAGCUGAGAAGGCUCAGGACACAGAGCUAGCUGCCUACCUGGAAAACAGACAGCAUUACCAGAUGAUCCAGCGUGAGGACCAGGAGACGGCUGUGUAGUUGAGGGGACCAUGGAUCAGCGAGGGACACUACCAGAGGACGGGAGCUCUCCUUGCCCACACCUCACUGCCACAUUCCUGUUGGAUGGCCAUGGGGGGACCCUGCCCAGGGGAGGAGCCCCGUGCAACCCCCUGAGAAGCCGCUCAGAUCUAGGGCUGGACUCUGAGGAGCUGGACUCUCACCUGUCCUUGGGUUUGUGGGGAACAGGAGACAGGCUGGGCCGGCUGGGUCCCUUCAGGGCACCCUUCCCCGACCACAGCAGAUGGAAGGGCCGGAAGGAGCUCCGCACCGCACCGACGACAGGGAGGCCUGCUCUCAGCAGGAUGUCUGCGAGCCAACUGGUCCUUCGGGCUGUCUUCGGGGUGCCUAGCCCUUCUCUCUGCCCCACCCACCCUGGGCCUCCCAGAAACUCAAGAGCCUGCUGCAUUCACCUGCCCGCUGCCCUGCUUGGCACCUACCCUGGUGAUCCUCAUGUACCCAGUCAUUUCAUUUCGGACUGUAUGGCCUGGGGUGGGGGUGGGGCUCCCACGGCGACUUGUUUACAGCUGGGUGUGACUCAGUAAAGUGAAUUUUUUUUCCUUU